UCGUGAUGGACGCCCGGCCAGCGCCUCACCCCCUGCCACGUCCUGCCCUGGGAGCCGCGACUGCCCGUUGGGCUGCUGUCCUGUGCUCGCCCCACGGGGACCAGCCGAUGGCCGACAGGGGGGUGGCCCGGGGGCCCCUGCGGAGGUUCUGGCCCAGGCCCCGGAGGCGUCGGGGGGCCCAGAGGCGGCCGCAGCAUGAUGAAAUCAUGCACCAGGACGUCACCCCACUGUGCGCCGCCGACAUCCAGGACCAGCUAAAGAAACGCUUCGCCUACCUGUCAGGUGGCCGCGGGCAGGACGGCAGCCCCGUCAUCACCUUCCCCGACUACCCAGCCUUUGGGGACGUCCCCGACAAGGAGUUCCACGAUGUCCUGACCUACCUCACCAGCAUCCCCAGCCUGCAGGACGCUGCCAUCGGCUUCAUCCUGGUCAUCGACCGCCGGCAGGACAAAUGGACCUCGGUGAAGGCCUCUGUCCUGCGCAUCGCGGCUUCGUUCCCGGCCCACCUGCAGCUCGUCCUGGUGCUCCGACCCACCGGCUUUUUUCAGAGGGCCCUGUCCGAGCUGGCCUUCAAGUUCAGCCGCGAUGACUUCAAGAUGAAGGUGCCGGUCAUCAUGCUGAGUUCCGUCCCCGAGCUGCACGGUUACAUUGACAAGUCGCAGCUGACCGAGGACCUGGGCGGGACCCUGGGCUAUUGCCACUCUCGCUGGCUUUACCACCGCACGGCCAUCGAGGGCUUCGCGCUGAUGGUCAAGCAGACGGCGCAGAGGCUGCAGGGCGUGGGCUCCGAGCUGGCGGAGACAGAGCUGCCCAACGACGUGCCGUCCACCAGCAGCCUGCUGAGCGCACACGCCGAGAAGCGGGGCGAGGUCAAGGAAGAGCUGAGACGGGCCCUGGCCGAGGGGCAGUGGAUCCUGGGCAGCAUCCGGGAGCCACUGGCGGCCGACACUGAGCGCGGCCUCAACCAGGACCAGCUGGACAAUGAGACCACCAUGCGCAGGCUGCUGGACCAGCUGAACGAGACUGAGGCCGCCUUCGAUGAGUUCUGGGAGAAGCACCAGCAGAAGCUGGAGCAGUGUCUGCAGCUCAGGGGCUUCGAGCAGGACUUCAGGGAGGUCAAGGCGGCGCUGGACGCGACGGCCCAGAAGCUGGCCGCCCUCACGGACGUGGGCAACAGCCUGGCGCACGCAGAGCACCUGCUGAAGGAGCUGGCCGGCCUGGAGGCCGCGUCCAGGGCGGCGCUGGAGCGGGCGGGCGCGCUGGCGCUGGAGGGCGAGCGGCUGGUGGGCGGCGGGCACUACGCGGAGGACAGCAUCCGCCCCAAGUGCCGGGAGCUGCGGGGGCUCCGUGACCAGCUGGAGGCCGAGCUGGGCCGACGCCGCGACGCGCUCGACCAGUCCCUGCGGCUGCACGGGCUUCUGGAGGCGUCCCUGCGGUGGUGUGACGAGGGCAUCUACCUGCUGGCCUCCCAGCCUGUGGACAAGUGCCAGAGCCAGGACGGGGCCGAGGCGGCCCUACAGGACCUCCAGCGCUUCCUGGCCACGGGCGCCGGCCGCAGGCUGCAGGGGCUCGGCCAGCUGCUGCUCGACUUCCAGCCCAUCCUCACCCCGGACCUGCGGGAGCACGUGCAGAAGGUGUUCCGGAAGCAGGAGAGCACGGAGGACAUGUUCCAGCGCCGGCAGACCAGCCUCAGGAAGCUGGCCGCCAAGCAGACGCGGCCCGUGCAGCCCGUGGCCCCCCGGCCCGAGGCGCUGACCAAGGCCCCCUGCCCGUCCGCGGGCGUCCGCAGGGGCUCGGACAACGGCAGCGCCCAGAGCGGCGCUCUCCGCAGGGGCCCCUACAGGAGGGUCAAGAGCGAGCUGGCCGAGGGCCGGGGCCCCUCCGCGGGAGAAGAGGAGGAGAGCCUGGCCGUCCUGCGCAGGCACGUGAUGAACGAGCUGCUGGACACGGAGCGCGCGUACGUGGAGGAGCUGCUGAGUGUGCUGGAGGGCUACGCGGCCGAGAUGGACAACCCGCUGCUGGCGCCCCUGCUGCCCGCGGGCCUGCAGAGCAAGAAGGCCGUGCUGUUCGGGAACAUGGAGGAGAUCUACCGCUUCCACCACAGAAUAUUCCUGCGGGAGCUGGAGAACUACGCGGACUGCCCGGAGCUGGUGGGGCGCUGUUUCCUGGAGAGGAUGGAGGAGUUCCAGGUGUAUGAGAAGUACUGCCAGAACAAGCCGCGCUCAGAGAGCCUGUGGCGCCAGUGCUCCGACUGCCCCUUCUUCCAGGAGUGCCAGAGGAAGCUGGACCACAAGCUGAGCCUGGACUCCUACCUGCUGAAGCCGGUGCAGAGGGUCACCAAGUACCAGCUGCUGCUCAAGGAGAUGCUCAAGUACAGCGGGGGCUGCGAGGGGGCGGAGGACCUGCAGGAGGCGCUCAGCUCCAUCCUGGGCAUCCUCAAGGCCGUCAACGACUCCAUGCACCUCAUCGCCAUCACCGGCUACGACGGGAAGCUGGCCGAGCUGGGCCGGCUGCUGAUGCAGGGCUCGUUCAGCGUGUGGACGGAUCACAAGCGCGGCCCCGCCAAGGUGAAGGACCUGGCCCGCUUCAAGCCCAGGCAGCGCCACCUGUUCCUGCACGAGAAGGCGCUGCUCUUCUGCAAGAGGAGGGAGGAGAGCGGCGAGGGCUACGAGAAGGCGCCCUCCUACAGCUACAAGCAGUCGCUCAGCAUGGCAGCCGUAGGCAUAACAGAGAAUGUGAAAGGUGACACCAAGAAGUUUGAGAUCUGGUACAACGCCAGAGAGGAGGUCUACACCGUACAGGCGCCCACCCCAGAGGUCAAGGUUGCCUGGGUGACCGAGAUCCGGAAGGUGCUGACCAGCCAGCUGCAGGCCUGUCGUGAGGCCAGCCAGCACCGGGCACUGGAGCAGUCCCAGAGCCUGCCCACCGGGACCGCCAGCCCCACGAAAGGAGACUCCAGAAGCACGAGAAAGCUGGAAGAGAGAAAGACAGACCCACUGAGCCUGGAGGGCCCCGUGAGCGCCCCCGCCCUGGCCCCAGCUUCUCCCAGUCCUGACAAAAAAGCUAAGCGUCUUGAAGUCAAGAGUGACCCGACCCCCUUUGGUCUGCGAGGCUGGAGCAAGACGUCCCAGCCCCCAGAGGCUCCCGAGGACAAUGACGGCUGGUCCAGUGCCGAGGACCUCAUCAUCAUCAACUCCUCAGAUGCCGAGGAGGAAGGCGGAGGGGUUCCUGGGAAGCUGGCCCCCGGCAAGUUCACGGUCGUGGGGGACGAGGAGAAGGCCGGCUCGGACGCCCUGGCCCUGAGGAGCGGGGACGUGGUGGAGCUGCUGCGGCAGGGUGACGACGGCCUGUGGUUGGUCAGGAACCUCACGUCCAGCCGGGAGGCCUGGGUGCCUCCCCGCAGCCUGUGUGCGGCCCUCGGCCCGACCGGCUCAGCCCAGUGCCUGAGCAGCUCCGACUCCAGCGCAGGGUCAGCCCUGCUCAGCGCCUCGUCCAGCUGCAGCGAGGGCUGCGGGGGCGCCCUGGCCGAGCUGCAGGGGUAGCCGCCUGACCCCUGUGCUUGGCCCCCAGCUGGGUGAGGGCCGACUGCCCCAGGAGCACCAGAACGGGCCGGACCAAGUGCCCUCGGCCUCGCCCGCCGUGAGCCGUGAGCCGUGAGCCGUGAGCCGUGAGCCCAGGCAGUGCUUCCUGAAGAUCCCGCCCACCGGCCAACCUCCAGGCCCCGCGGCGGCCCCGGGGUGUGGGGACAAGCCUGUACGGAGACCCGGGGGGCUGUGUGGGCCGCUGCGAGGCGCCCCCUCUCCGUCCUCUCACCCAGGGCCACCGGCUGAGGAUCCUGCGGGGUGAAUUCUGGCAGGGGUGCAGCUCGUGGUGGCUUUGGGCGACACUGGCACCCAGGCUUCCCCAGGGAUCACUGUGUUUACGAUUUCUACUGCGUUUGAUACGCGACUGGUUUUCGUUACUGGGGUUGACAGGACGGCCCCUGUGUGGUUUGGGGCUCCCUCCCCCACUCAGUUCUGGGGGGAAAAUGCAGAACCCCACUUCCGACAGCCACAUCUUUUUCUAUAAGACGACCUGGAGACUCUGGAGUUUUUGUUUUAAGAACUUGGCCAAACCAUCGGGAAUUUUUAUUGUUUUUAAAGAACACGAGAUGCAGUUUCCAAGGGUGUCCGCGGAAUUCGGGGUCACCCAGGGCCUCAGGUCCGAGCCCCCGGUGAGGAGGAUGCCCCUGCCCGCCCAUCUGGACGUGACUCCUGACCCUCCGCGUGUGUCACAAGACACAGUGGGAACUGGGGCUGGGGGCAGUGGGGUCGGGAAUCGUCACCUCCAGCCACAGAGCGGAGUGGGGGCUGUCUCUCCGGGCCCCAGGGCCACGCUCCGGGCGCGUGUGGCCUCUUCCUCAUCAAAGCACUUUAAAACCACCCCGAGGGCUGUCCCUGCGCCCUUUUUGUAAACUGCUGAUGUAAAUAAAGAGAAAGUGUCAGAGUUA